UCAUAUAUAAAAUCUCUCAACACCCUCUAACCUUUCUUAUCCCAAUAAGCUUAUAAAUUAACAUAGUUUGUACUUAAGUGUGAUAUCAUUUGUUAACUCAAAAAAGAAGAAGAGCUAGCUCUUAAGACAAAAAAUAUAUAUCAUCAAACUUUGACAUGGCUGAGGAGUAUCAAGCUGGGAUUUGUGGUGAAACAUGGUGGAAUAUUAAUAAUUCAACAAGAGGUGUAUUUCCACUUAUGAUGAACUCAUCAUCAACAUGUUCAAUUGCAGCUAAUGAUGGAGGCAACUAUAGUACUUGGCAAAAUGAAUUUUUUGGUUUGAAGGAAACAACAACAACAACAAAGAGUUGUUCUAUUGAGGAAACUAAUACUAACUUUGAUGUUUCUGAUGGUUCUUUUUGUUUUCUUGAUACUCAUAAGCCACAACAAAGUGAAUCAGCUAAUUUAAUUGAUUCCACCUUACAAAUUAUGGAUUUUGGACUCUCAUCUCCAACUUCCUCCAAUUGGAAUCACUCCCUAUUUGGAACUGGAAGGCCAGAAAACAAUUUUCAUUCAGUUCUUGAAGAAGAAACAAUGAUAGAAUCUUCUAAUAAUUCACAAAUACAAAAGGAAUGGAACACAAAGAAUAUGAUCUCAUCUACAAGUGGAAUUAGGCAAGUUUCAACACUUGAUGCUUUCAAGCCAAUGGACCAAGAAUUUUCCUUAGAUGAACAAAGUGGUUUAUCAUGUGGAUUUCCAAUUGAAACAUCUAAUUCCUAUGAUUACCCUUCAACUUUGAUACAAAGUUUAUUUGAUCCUCAAACACAACCACAACCACAAACACAUAACUCACUUUUUACCAACCCUUGUAUAUCUUAUUCAAGUAGUGCAAAUUAUGGUACAUCCUCAAAUGAAGUAUCAUCACCAACAUGGUCUAAAAUAUCUUCUCUUAUGAAACCUUCAAUGCCAAAACAACAACUUAGUGGAUUGCAGUUUUCCAAUAAUACUCCUUUUUGGAAUGCUUCAGCUGAGGCACUUAAUGAUAUAAGAGCAGGAGUUUUGGCUUCAUCACAAGCACAAUAUCAAUCUCCUAAUUUUGAAGAUAAAAGACUAAAUUGCCCAAUUACUCUAUUAAACAAGCUAAAGAGAGAAGAAUCUCCAGAAAGAACAAAGAAAAAUUCAUCUGAAGGUGCAGUGAAGAGGGCAAGAAUUGAGACACCAUCCCCAUUACCAACAUUUAAGGUUUGUGGACAGGUUCGGAAAGAGAAAUUGGGGGACCGGAUCACUGCACUUCAGCAAUUGGUUUCACCUUUCGGAAAGACGGACACAGCAUCUGUUCUUCAUGAAGCCAUUGAGUACAUCAAGUUCCUUCAUGAUCAAGUCAAUGUUUUGAGCGCUCCAUAUAUGAAAAAUGGAUCACCCAUUCAACACCACCAGGGUUGUGAUAAUGUGAAGGAGUCAGAAGGAAAAAAACAAGAUUUAAGAAGCCAAGGGCUAUGUUUGGUACCAAUUGCAAGCACAUUUCCGGUGACUAAUGAGACCAUUGUUGAUUUCUGGACACCUUCAUUUGGAGGCCCACUCUUUGGAAGAUAGAAAAGAGACUCUAUUUAGUGGACACAAAAUUAACCACAAAAUUAAUUAAUUAUUAUUAUUAUUUUAUAUUUACAUUUUAAACUAAAAGGAAGAAAUGAAGAAGGCAUAAUUGGUAUGCAAAAAGAGAAAAGCUGAAGAAACAAAAGGAGUGGGCCACGUGGAAGCAGAAUGAUGUGCUCUAGUAAAUAGAUUAGUGACUAUUGGAAGAGAAUUAAUGUUUAUAUAUAAAAAUUAGAGAUUUGAGAUAUAGGUUAAUUUCGUUUAAGAUUAUAAUAGGUCCAAUUAAGUUUUAGUUAUGUAAGUUUAAGAGGGGGAAGGAACAAGUGGUAAAUUCAGCAGCAUUUGAGAUUAGAUUAUAGUUUGUUUAUGCCUGAAUUUAGCAGAUGGGGCUACCUACCUAAACUAAAACGCCUUUUGUUCCUGCUCCUAAUACUCGAUAUAUAUUUUAAUACUAUUUCUUUUCAAUUAUUAAUUCAA